AUGGAGAAGCAAUUUUUGGUCCUGGAGCUGCAGCAUGUGCCCCGCGGCACAAAUAAGGAAGGCGACGAUAUCUCCAAGAGAGUGUCCAAGCGUCAGCUACAGGAACCCGACGUCUUCGAGGAGCAGCUCUUCAAGCCUUCAGCGGCCCCACCGGCUGCGGAGCCGGCACCGCCUCGAGAGGAGCUUCCCCCGCCACCAGCCUCAGGAGCCCCCGCCUGCGGCCCGACCUCAGGAGUGUGCCAACUCCUCGCACUUGAGCCUUGGGAGGGGUGUUGGACCGAAGAAUUCAAGGCACUGCAAGGGGCCCUGCCGGAGAAGGAGGAGGACGCGGAACGCGUGGCUCGGCAAGCUACAGCCUACAGCAUCCGGGACGAUGAGCUAUACCGAAAAUGA